AUGAUCCCGCUGGCUUCGUCCGGUAGAGCCUGCGGUUCCGCCUGCAGCAGCCUACAAAUCGUCGCACGAGAUAGAUUAUUCUCGUUCGCGACAAGCAGUUCAACAUGGCCCCCCUUCCCUUACCCGAAGCGAUUGCGCCUGUCUCCUCCCUACAGUUCGCCGCUUUCCCGCAGAGCCUUCCAUGCGACCUCGCCCUCCGGCCUUGAUGCUCCGCGCAUCUCCUACCGUGUUGCAGCCUCGUCCUCGGCCAAGGGCCGUCGAUUCCACCCCUCCACGAAUUCCUACGAUUUCACACCCAGCGUGCAGGAUGCUAUCGGCGUGAUCACGGAAGAGGUGGAUUCAGCCACCAGACGCAAGAAAAGGCCUGAUAGCGGGGAGGAUGCAUUCUUCGUGAGCCGCGUUGGAAGCCGAGAUUCCGGUGCAGUUGCCUUUGCCAUUGCAGACGGAGUUGGAGGUUGGGCAGAGUCCAAAGUCGACCCGGCGGACUUUUCGCACGGCCUGUGUCGCUACAUGGCCGAAGCGGCCGUGUCCUGGGACUCUCCAAUCGAGAAGCUGCGGGCAAAGGGUCUGCUCCAGGCAGGCUACGACCAAGUGGUGGCCGACAAGUCGAUCCGAGCCGGCGGCAGUACGGCCUCGGUUGGGGUUGGACUGGCCGACGGGCGAGUCGAGCUGGCCAACCUAGGCGACUCGGGCUCGGUCCUCCUUCGUCGCGCCGCGGUACACCACUACUCAGCCCCGCAGACGCACGGCUUCAACACACCCUACCAACUCAGCAUCAUCCCGCCGCGCAUGCGCGCCCAGGCAUCGAUCUUCGGCGGCGCCUUCCUCGAGGACUUCCCGCGCGACGCGGCCGUCACAACCCUGCACAUGCAGCACGGCGACGUCCUCAUGCUCGCCACCGACGGUGUCUUCGAUAACCUGAACAAUCAGGACAUCCUGAAGCUCGUCACCAGCCGCAUGGUCCUGACCGGCGCAUGGACCGCGACCCCCGAAAUGGGCAUCAAGGUCUCCGACGAUCUCGCCGACCUGACCAGCCCGGACGGCCUGGCCUCCCUCUUUCCCCCGCCUGACACUGCUGCCGCAAGCCCCUCCGGCAAACCCGCCCCAUCCGCCCAGCCACCCACCCUCCAAUCCGUCCUGGCUGCCACCAUCGCCGGCGAAGCCAAAUUAGCCAGCAUGGACCUCCGCCGCGACGGGCCCUUCGCCAAGGAAGCCCAACGCUAUUACCCAGGUGACUACUACCACGGCGGCAAGGUCGACGAUAUCUGCGUCGUGGUCGUCGUCGCUGUCGAGGAGGGCCGGGGCUCCUCUGCCUGA